CACAGCUGUUAAGGUCAAAGUUCAAAUAAGAGGUGCCAUUUAGUAGUAGAGGUUACUUCGGUCUAAAACUGACGCUAGUACAGGCCAUUACACAAUUUAAAGAGGUGUGAAAUGGCAUGGUCAGAAAGCUGGGAGAUGUGGCGACAAAACUGCACAUAAAGGCACUUGUGAAGUCGGUUUUUAGCCUCCAUAUAAGGUUUCACCCGGCUGUUGAUCCAACCAUAAUUAACCAUGAGUGACGUGUCGUCCUUGUGGACAGGCCUACCUGACAUCGCCCUACUGGAGGUAUUCUCACACCUGGCCACACCACAGGACAGGUGGAACGCCUCUCUCGUCUGCAAACACUGGAGCAGAUUCUUCAGUCACCCCAAAAUUUGGGGAGAUGUGGAACUGAACAGUGAUAGAUCUGAUGAUCUGACAGUGGCAAGCAUCAGGCGCUUCGGUGCCAACUUCAGGAGGGUUAGGAUCUAUAACUCUACCUUCUUCUUUGGUGUGAGAGACAUCCUCAGGGAAAUAGCACAGAGAUGUCAGAAAGUGGAGGUGUUUAUUCUUGAGCCAACCUUCCGGACACAUGAGCCCAUAUACCUGGGUAUCAUGGCAGAGCUCAUGGUAACAUUCAACAAGCUUCAUGAUUUGAGGGAAGUUUGUGUGCCAUUCCUUCAGACCACAGGAACGGACAGCUACAACCCUCUGAAAUCUAUUGACUCCAAUUCAGCACAAACUCUGUCUGUAUUAGAUGUGACCGAGUUCACCCGAUAUCCUCGUCCUCUCAGCACCAUUCUCAAGUUGAAACACCUCAGGUCCCUUGGUAUCAGCUACCAGAACCUUACCGAGGAGAUUCUGCUUGCCAUGAAGGAACACAGAACUUUACAGGAUUUGACAAUUGUUAGAUCACAAGCCAAGCCACUGAGUGGGAAUGGAACAACACUGCCUGGGAGUAUUUGGCAAGAUUUACAAUAUGAACUACCAGACCUUAGAGUUCAUCUGGUUCUAACAGAAGAGGCUCCUCUGGCCUGCCCAAAAGGGAUUCCUGCAAUCUCCUAUGCAGUUGCUGACCACAAUAACCCAAAUUCUGUCCAGUUGAACCGCCUGGUAUCCAAACUCAUUCUGACAUAUUCCGAAACAUUGCAGAAUUUUGUCAUUAAGGCAGACAACUCCUUUUAUUGGGACCUGCAGUUAGCCCAGUUGGCCCGCAGGUGCUCCAACAUGCAGGCAGUGAUAGUGGAUGGAACUGUGACUCUGGAGUCACUUGUUCAAGCCUGUAGACAGUGGGACAAGCUACAGCUACUGUAUGUGAAGCAGAGCAAGGUUACACCAAACAGGGAAAGCAUGCAUCAGGUGGCCAAGGAACAACCACAGCUAGAAGAAUUGUCCAGGAUACUGGGUUAUCCAUGGAGGCCACUUGAAGAUGAGGUUUUCCAGAAAACAAAAAAGUUUCUGAGCAAGACCAUGACAACUGCUGUACCAAGGAAAGCUCCUCCUAAGGUCUAUGAUAAAGGAUAUAGAUACUAGAGCUCAGGCCUUUGUAUGCUGAAG